GGGACGCGGCUGGAGGGAAAGGGGAAAAGGAGGGCCGGAGGGCGCCAGCAGCCAGCCCGUCGCUGGGGACCGGCAGAUUUGUGCAGAGUUUCUGCGUCUUUUCUUCUGAACUUCCUGUCAGGAUGUUUUUCUCUGGUGGGCAUUGUGGCCAUGUUGGCAGACCUGAAGAACUUUUACUGAUGUUCAAGAUAUUACUUGUCAUUUGUCUUCAUGUAAUUCUGGUGACAUCCCUGGAAGGGAAUCCUGAUAAUUUCAGUUUGUUAUUACCAUCUGCUAAGUCAUCUCUUAUUGGUUUGGUUCCUUACUCCAAUGAGGUUGAAACUACAAGUCUAAAUGAUGCUACGUUGAGUGUGUUAUCUACUUUGAACAAGACAGAAAAAACUAAAAUCACUAUAGUAAAAACCUUCAAUGCAUCAGGAGUCAAACCUCAGAGAAAUAUCUGCAAUUUGUCAUCCAUUUGCAAUGACUCAGCAUUUUUUAGAGGUGAGAUAAUGUUUCAAUAUGACGAAGAAAGCAAUGUUACCCAGAAUCCAAAUAUGGCUAAUGGCACCUUAACUGGAAUCCAGUUGCUAAGUGAAUUGAAUAACAGACGAUCAGAACUCAACAAAACCCUGCAAACUCUAAGUGAGACUUGUUUUAUAGUGUGUGCUACAGAAGAGGCUCAAAGCACAUUAAAUUGUACAUUCACAAUAAAAUUGAAUAAGACAAUGAACAUAUGUGCUAUAAUGGUGGCUUUGAAAAGAGUAAAGAUUCACCGGAUAGAACAAUGCUGCUGUUCUGUCCAAAUACCCUGCCCUUCCUCCCCAGAAGAGUUAGAAAAACUGCAGUGUGACCUGCAGGAUCCAGUUAUAUGUCUUGCUGGUCAUCCACGUGGCCCACCAUUUUCUUCCAGCAAGCCCAUCCCCGUUGCUCCUCUGGCCACCGUUCUUUCCCGGGUCUCCAGUGACUUCUCUUUUGUUGGGCCUCUAGAUCAUCGACCUGUCACCCAGAGCCUAACAGGAGUGAUUCAACUUCCUCCUCCCCAGCCUUCAGCUCCCAUUAGCCCUACCAUUGAUAUAUUCUCCCCAUCUGGAACUAUCUCUUCCCCUAUGCCCCAAACCGAUCUUUCCCGCACUCUGCCACCUGUGAAAUCCUCACGUCCCUCUCCCACCGCAUCUGCCCCUAUGAAUGUCAUCACGGCCAACACACCUCCUGACAAGACAGAAAUUGUUCACACCAGCAGCAUCAGUGUUUCUGAUCUUGAGAUGCAAGUGUCUCAGAUGGAGAAAGCUCUGUCCUUAGGCAGCCUGGAGCCUAACCGCGGGGGAGAAAUGAUAAGUCAAGUCAGCAGACUCCUCCAUUCGCCACCUGCCUUGCUGGCCCCACUGGCUCAAAGAUUGCUAAAAGUAGUGGAUGACAUUGGCUUACAGCUGAAUUUUUCAACCAAGACCAUAAGUCUAACCUCCCCUUCUUUGGCUCUGGCCGUGAUGAGAGUGAAUGCCAGUAAUUUCAACACAACUACCUUUGCUGCCCAAGACCCUGCCAAUCUUCAGGUUUCUCUGGAAACUGAGGCUCCUGAGAAUAGUAUUGGCGUUAUUACUCUGCCUUCAUCACUGCUGAGUAAUUUACCAGCUAAUGUUGUAGAGCUAGCUUCCAGGGUUCAAUUCAACUUUUUUGAAACACCUGCCCUAUUUCAGGACCCUACCUUGGAGAACCUCUCUCUGAUCAGCUACGUCAUAUCGUCAAGUGUUGCAAACCUGACCGUCAAGAACCUGACAAGAAAUGUGACAGUUACAUUAAAGCACAUCGACCAGAGCCAGGAUGACUUAACAGUGAGAUGUGUAUUUUGGGACUUGGGCAGAAACGGUGGCAGAGGAGGCUGGUCAUCCGAUGGCUGCUCCGUCAAAGACAGGAGGCUGAAUGAAACCAUUUGUACCUGCAGCCACCUUACGAGCUUCGGCGUCCUACUGGACCUAUCUCGAACAUCCUUGCCACCGGCUCAGAUGAUGGCUCUGACGUUUAUCACAUAUAUUGGUUGUGGGCUUUCAUCAAUUUUUCUGUCAGUUACUCUUAUAACCUACAUAGCUUUUGAAAAGAUCCGGAGAGAUUACCCUUCCAAAAUUCUCAUUCAGCUUUGUGCAGCUCUGCUCCUGCUGAAUCUGGUGUUCCUCUUAGACUCAUGGAUUGCUCUGUAUGACACGCGAGGCCUCUGCAUCUCGGCAGCUGUGUUUUUGCAUUAUUUUCUCUUGGUCUCAUUUACGUGGAUGGGCCUGGAAGCAUUUCAUAUGUAUCUGGCCCUUGUCAAGGUGUUUAAUACUUACAUCCGGAAAUACAUCCUUAAAUUCUGCAUCAUUGGUUGGGGGGUACCAGCUGUGAUUGUGACCAUUGUCCUGACUAUAUCCCCAGAUAACUAUGGGCUUGGAUCCUAUGGGAAAUUCCCUAGUGGCUCACCCAAUGACUUCUGCUGGAUCAACAACAAUGCUGUAUUCUAUAUUACAGUCGUGGGAUAUUUCUGUGUGAUCUUUUUGCUGAACAUCAGCAUGUUCAUUGUGGUCCUGGUUCAGCUCUGUCGAAUUAAAAAGAAGAAGCAGUUGGGAGCCCAGAGAAAAACCAGUAUUCAAGACCUCAGGAGCGUAGCCGGCCUUACAUUUUUACUGGGAAUUACUUGGGGCUUUGCCUUCUUUGCCUGGGGACCAGUUAAUGUCACCUUCAUGUAUCUCUUUGCCAUGUUUAACACCUUACAAGGAUUUUUCAUAUUCAUCUUUUACUGCGUAGCAAAAGAGAAUGUCAGAAAGCAAUGGAGGCGGUAUCUUUGUUGUGGAAAGUUACGGCUGGCUGAAAAUUCUGACUGGAGUAAAACUGCUACUAACGGUUUAAAGAAACAGACUGUAAACCAAGGAGUGUCCAGUUCUUCAAAUUCCCUACAGUCAAACAGUAACUCCACCCACUCCACCACGCUGCUAGUGAAUAACGAUUGCUCAGGACUCAUGAGCGGGAGUGGGAAUGCUUCUACGGAGAAGAAUGGUAUUUCCUUCAGUGUUCAGAAUGGAGACGUGUGCCUUCAUGAUUUCACUGGAAAACAGCACAUGUUUCAUGAGAAAGAAGAUUCCUGCAAUGGUAAAAGUCGUAUCGCUCUCAGAAGGACUUCAAAGCGGGGAAGCUUACACUUCAUUGAACAAAUGUGAUUCUGUUUUCUAAAAUCAAAGCAUAAUGCUUGACGGUGUGAAAAUGUCCAAUUUUACCUUUUCCACAAUGUGAGAUGUAUGAAAAUCAACUAAUUUUAUACUCAGCAACCUCUGGAGGAGCAUAAGCUAAUUGAGGGCAGUGGUUACUAUUGGAAGAGGAAACCAAGGCAUUUUUCCAUGGUUUUCAGACAUUUGCAAUUUGGUUUCUUAUCCUUCAUUUUUUUAAAAGAAGACUGGUUUUAAACACCACACUGAAUAAGACUCGUUUAAAGAAAAUAAUAGUUCAUUUCCAGCCACAUUUUAAAGAGGUUAUGUUAUCUUUGAUAUCAUCAUAUAAAGCAACUGUUGACUUCAGCCUGUUGGUGAGUUUAGUUGUACAUGCAUUUGUUGUAAAUAAGCUAACUCUAGUGACCCACAUGUCAAAAAUCUUAUUUCUACAUUUUUUUGUAUUUAUUUUCUACUGUGUAAAUUUAUUUCUGUGUAGAAUCGUGGUUGUGUUAUUGUCUCUAAUGUGAUAAUUCAGAAAAUCCUUGCUAGUCCAGUGAGUUCUAAAGCUCCUUUUGGAGAUUAUAUGGGAUGUGAAAUACAGCAACUUCACGCAAAUCAAGAAAUAAUGAUGCCAGCCAGACUGAAAAAUGUAAGCAGACGGUGCCACACUUAGCUCUUAUAGUGCCUUUGAGAGAGUUAGAAAAAGGUGCCCCCACUACAGACACAGCACCAUGGGCUCAUGGUUUGGCAAACAGAGUGGGGGCCACAUUUUAGCCCUACUCACCCUCUAGGGUGCACUCUUGUAUGGGGUAUGAACUGAAUACAGCUGGAAACACAGCAUCUAAUACCAAUAUCCAUCUCCUGACCUCAUUCCUAAUAAUCAAAUUAUAAAAUUUGCACCAAGAUAUUUAGCUUAAUACCUUGGCCAAACAGAGGGGUGGAACUGUAAUCUAGACCAUAGGUCAGGAAAAUUGUGAAUGCGGAGGAUACUACACUGCCACUUCUCAAAUCCCCAGAGCCUUUCAGAAAAGGGGAGUAGAGUAGAGAUUACUUUUUAAAAGAGUUGUAUAUAAAGAAAAAAAAAUCAUUUUGCUGUUGUUUAAAAGGCAAGUGCAUGGUACUUUGGCGAUUGUUAUGACUGGUACACUCUGGCCCAGUCAGAGCUAUAAUUAUUUUUAAAAGAUCUCUAGUCUCGAAGAGUGUAUAGUGAUAAGGGGGAACCAGCUACUGGGAAUGGUGAACUAUCCUGCAAUGCUAUUGUUUCCAUAUGUAUCAAACCCUGAUUGCUCCUAGUUAUAGAGGGUCUAUCUUGCUUCCCACCUAUAGCUGCUUGAGCAGUGCCUCAAGUGUGUCCUUAUUAGGAACAUUUCAAAACCCUUUAGUUAGAUCUUCUACUCUCGCAUAUAUUUCAUGUGAAUGUUGUAUCCCAGGCUAACAAUAGUAAUAAUGUAAUACACUUCUGUGAGUGCUGAUUUGCCUUUGCAAUAUUUCUUCUCUGAUUUAUUUAAUUGUCUUGUAUUUAAAUGUUAAAAUUGACAAAAAUGUUAAA